AUGGCGUGGUCGGAGACGGACGCCGCGCUGUUCGCUGCGGUGCUGGGGCGGGACGCGGCGCACCACCUGGCUACCACGCCGCCGCACCUGGACGGGCCCGCGGCGUCGGCGCCCGAGCUGCAGGCGCGCCUGCAGGACCUCGUCGAGCGGGGCGGGGCGUGGACGUACGGCAUCUUCUGGCAGGAGUCCCGCGGCGCCGGCACCGCCGUGCUCGGCUGGGGCGACGGCCACUGCCGCGACGGCGGUGGCGCCCCGGCCCCACACGACGACGACGAGCGGAGCGUGGCGCGGAAGCGCGCGCUGCUGCGGCUGCACGCGCUCUACGGCGGCGGGGACGACGAGGGGGCCGACUACGCGCUCCGCCUCGACCGGGUCACCGCCGCCGAGAUGUACUUCCUGGCGUCCAUGUACUUCUCCUUCCCGGAGGGCGCGGGCGGGCCGGGCCACGCGCUUGCCUCCGGCCGCCACGCCUGGGCCACCGUGGACCCGCACCCUCGCGGACCCGGCGCCAGCGGCGAGGCCGCGCCCGGGUGGUACGUCCGGGCGUCGCUCGCCCAGUCCGCGGGGCUCCGCACCGUCGUCUUCCUCCCGUGCAAGGGCGGCGUCCUCGAGCUGGGCUCCGUCGUGCCCGUCCGCGAGACUCCCGAGACAGUGCGCGCAAUCCAGACCGCCCUCGCUGUUACGCCCCCGGCACGCGAGGAAUGCAUGAGAAUCUUCGGCAAGGACCUCUCCCCCAGCGGCCGAACCUCGCGCAGCGGCGACAAUUGGGCUCCACCACAGCUCGGCGCCCAAGCCACCGCGUCCAAGGAAGCAGCCGCCGCGAGACCCAAGGCUCCGGAGCCGCCCAGGAGCAUAGACUUCACCAAGCCGCCGGGAAAGCCCGAGCAGCAGGCCGCCGGUGGCGAGGAGCGGAGGCCGCGGAAGCGCGGGCGGAAGCCGGCGAACGGGCGGGAGGAGCCACUGAACCACGUGGAGGCGGAGCGGCAGCGGCGGGAGAAGCUGAACCAGCGGUUCUACGCGCUGCGCGCCGUGGUCCCCAAGAUUUCCAAGAUGGACAAGGCGUCGUUGCUCAGCGACGCCAUCGCGUACAUCCAGGAGCUGGAGGACCGGCUCCGCGGCGGCGGCGGCGCCUGCUCGGCGGCGCGCGCGGAGAGGCCCGCCGUGGAGGUGAAGGCAAUGCAGGACGAGGUGGUGCUGCGCGUGACGACGCCCCUGUACGCGCACCCGGUCUCCAGGGUGUUCCACGCCAUCAGGGACGCCCAGCUGAGCGUGGCGGCGUCGGACGUGGCGGUGGCGGACGACGCCGUGACGCACACGCUCGUGCUGCGGUCGGCCGGGCCCGAGCAGCUCACCGCGGAGACGGUGCUCGCGGCGAUGUCACGGGGGAUGACCAGCGCCACCCCCUCCCCGUGA